UUCAUUUGACCCUGUGAUAUAAUCAAUUUAUUUUUAAUGAGAAAUGAGGCAGAGUUUCCCUGGUGCUGGAAUUGAAACCAUCCCUCAAAAGUUGGGUAACACUGCCGCCUUUGGGGUGCGACAGCAAAGCAGCCUUGGCAGCGUACGUGGGAGGAGAAAGAGAAGAGAGAGGGCAGAGCAGGAGGCAUCUGAGAGAAACAUUCCAAUUUUUUUUCUCUUUGUUUUUGAUUGCUUAGCUGUUCCUGGAAAGAAGAAGGUAUGGAACUGGGUUUCCUACUUAGAGGCGGAACGGAUGCCAGCUGCUCCCCUAAAACUGUUCAGAGAGUAUCAAUCAUUCCCACAAGGCCGAAAUGGAUUUAAAGUUGGAAUGAAAUUGGAAGGGCUGGAUCCUGAACAUGCCUCUCGAUUCUGUGUUCUCACAGUGGCUGAGGUGCAAGGGUACAGAAUGCGGUUACACUUCGACGGUUACCCAGACAGCUACGACUUCUGGGUUAAUGCUGAUUCCUCAGACAUCCAUCCCAUAGGCUGGUGUGAAAAAACAGGUCAUAAGCUGCUCCCUCCUAAAGGUUUUAAGGAGGGAGAAUUUAAUUGGACUUCCUAUUUGAAGAAUUGCAAAGCUCAAGCAGCUCCAAAAAGCCUUUUUAAGACCCUCAAUGCUCCUGUUACACCCUCUGGGUUUCGUCUGGGGAUGAAACUAGAGGCGGUGGACAAGAAGAAUCCCUCGCUGAUGUGUGUGGCCACCAUCGCGGACAUGGUGGACAACCGCCUGCUGAUCCACUUCGAUAACUGGGAUGAGAGUUACGACUACUGGUGUGAAGCCAGCAGCCCAUAUAUCCGUCCUGUUGGCUACUGCCAAGAAACUGGAACCCCACUGACAACACCACCUGGAUACAUACAUUCCAGUGCCUUCUCAUGGGAGAAAUACUUGGAGGAAACUAAUUCCCAGGCAGCCCCAGCAAGAGCAUUCAAAGUGCGUCCUGCUCACGGAUUCCAAGUUAAUAUGAAGUUGGAGGCUGUGGACAGAAGAAAUCCUAUCUUGAUAAGAGUGGCAACAGUGAUUGACAAAGACGAGCACCGCAUCAAGAUCCAUUUUGAUGGCUGGGACCAUAAUUAUGAUUUCUGGAUCAGUGUGGACAGCCCUGACAUCCACCCAGUAGGCUGGUGUGCAAAAACUGGACACAUUUUGCAAGUCCCACUUGGUGCUGUCCAUCAAGUGGAGCCAGGACAAGCAGCCUGCCCUACCCCAGGCUGCCACGGAAUUGGCCACGUCAAGGGACCCCGAUACGGAACACAUUACACCUUGGUAGGCUGCCCUUAUUCUGAUGUGAACCUCAACAAAGAAAACCAGUUACAGGACCGCCUGGGUGGGGACAGAGUUUCCCCUAGCAACAGCAUGCAGAGAGACAAGAGCCUGGAGGCUUCUACCCCAUACAAACAGGGAGCAGGAGACUGUUCUCAGCGGGACUCCCCAAAAUCUUGCAAACCUACCCAAGACAGUGAAGAGUUGUGUCAAAGCAGCGUUCAGAGUCUGCCAGAACAGUGUGAAAAGAGCUGCAAGAGAAGCUGGGCAGAGGAGGAUUCCUCUGCGGGCCCCAAAGCCAAGCGACAGAAGUUUGGAUGCUCACGUACCUAUCUAACCUUAGAGAUGGUGAAGGAGGAGAGGAGUAGGCAAGACCCUGGUGUGGAUCUCCAGCAGGCCCUCCACCAGUCCAUUUUCAUGCCUUCCCUGGCCUCUAACCCGACCCACCGCCUCCAUCUCAACUGGGAGAAGCACUGCAAGAUCUUGCCAGAGGUCUCAGGCCUCACAACCAAACAUGUGGCCAAAUGGACUGUGGAAGAGGUGGUCAGCUUUAUCCAGCGGUUGCCUGGCUGCAAAGAGCACGCCUCGGUUUUCAGGGAGGAGCAGAUAGACGGUGAAGCCUUCCUGCUCCUGAACCAGAGUGACUUAGUGAAAAUACUUGGUAUCAAGCUGGGUCCUGCCUUGAAGAUCUACAAUGCCAUCCUCAUGUUCAUGACUGCAGAAGACAACUGAGAAGAAGCCCUUUGGCAGAGCCCAGGAGGAACUGGCAGGUCUUCAGCCGAGGGCGUUGUGAUGCUGACAGAGUAGGACUGGGAUAGGUGUUGAGGGUUUCUUGCUUUUUAGGUAGGACUUAAUGACAAUAUUUUUGAGGACAUGAAAAAUCCUGCCACAGUCUGGAAUUCAGGGCAGCUUCACUUCCAAGAAGAGGAUAUUAUUAUUGUUAUUACAUUUUGUAACUUGGGUUUGCUAUAUCAAUCUCUUUUGGAGAUCUAGAAGAAAACCUCCAGUUCUAAGGGGAAUCCAGGGCGGAACGUUGGUGGAGCUGCAACGGCAAGAGGAAA